CCUUCACCUGCACAGCUCAUCUCUCUCUCGGCCGAGCUUCACUCUUCAACCCCGACGAAGGUGCCGUCAUUCACACUGCGCUGCACUCAGAGAAACUUGAGUGAGUGAGAAUGGAGAGAAUCCACGUGGCCGUACGUGCGAGGCCACUCUCAACAGAGGAGGCUAAGACCAGCCCUUGGCGAAUCUCCGGGAACUCCAUUCUUAUCCCCAACAACUCCUUCAAGUUCGAAUUCGAUCGGAUUUUCGGUGAAGAUUGCAAGACUGUCGAUGUCUAUCAGGCUCGAACCAAAGAAAUAGUCGCCGCAGCAGUUCGCGGCUUCAAUGGCACUGUGUUUGCUUAUGGACAAACAAACAGUGGGAAAACGCAUACAAUGCGAGGCUCGGCCACAGAGCCGGGAGUCAUUCCUCUUUCUGUCCAUGAAUUGUUCGAAACAAUUCAACAGGAUGUGGAUCGAGAAUUUGUUUUACGAAUGUCGUAUAUGGAGAUCUACAAUGAGGAAAUAAAUGAUUUGUUGGCUCCUGAGCACCGAAAAUUGCAAAUUCAUGAAAGUCUUGAGCGGGGGAUACACGUUGCUGGUUUGCGAGAAGAAAUUGUUGCCUCUCCCGAGCAAGUCCUUGAUUUCAUGGAGUUUGGAGAAUCUCAUCGGCAUAUUGGAGAGACAAGUAUGAAUCUGUACGGUAGUCGGUCACACACUAUCUUUCGCAUGAUAAUAGAGAGUCGGGACAAAAGUGAAGAUGAAGAUAUUGUCAGUUCUUGUGAUGCUGCCCGUAUAUCAGUUUUGAAUUUAGUGGACCUUGCUGGUUCAGAACGUGCUGCAAAAACUGGAGCAGACGGUGUUAGGCUUAAAGAGGGUUCCCACAUUAAUAAAAGCCUGAUGACACUGGGAACUGUGAUUAAAAAAUUGAGUGAAGGUGCUGAGAGUCAAGGGGGUCAUGUUCCAUAUCGAGAUAGCAAACUUACGCGCAUUUUGCAACCUGCCUUGGGUGGAAAUUCAAAUACAGCUAUAAUAUGCAAUAUCACGCUUGCACAGAUUCAUGCAGAUGAGACUAAAAGCAGUCUCCAGUUUGCAAGCAGAGCUUUACAUGUUACAAACUGUGCUCGUGUGAAUGAGAUUUUAACAGAUGCUGCUUUGCUAAAGCGUCAAAGAAAAGAACUUGAGGAGCUUCGAGCCAAACUGCAGGUUUGUCCAAUUGUUAUAAUAGGUUUAGGUUUUUGAAUGGAGUUAGUUAUGAAACGUUAAUGGAAAUGUUGGCCAGGUUAAC